UUUAUCUGUUAACACUCCGACAUAUUAAUACUUUUAAAAAUAAUCACUUUAAAAAAAAAGUUAAACUUGGUUAAAACGCAUGGAGUUUUUUUAUAAGAAGCAAUCCGGCAUUGGAAAUUAUUAUUAGAUAUAAUAUACAUGUAUUUAUAUAUAUAUAUACAUAUAUUUAGUUUGUUUCUUUAAAGUAGGUUAUUCGUAAGGGAUUUACAGUACGGUGACGGCUUACACGCACGCCCGAGGUAUGUCUAGCUUGUGAACACAUCAUAACAAGAAAAACACGACUCCUUUAAAAAUAUCAACACACUUUCAGUGAAAGCGAAGAGCAACAAAAAUGAGUAACGCUAAUCGACAUCGUUCAGUUAAAGGGAACGAGGGAAAUUGGAUUGACAUGCAAAAGGAUACGUUUACAAAUUGGGUGAACGCGAAUCUGCGGUCGCGAGAUAUGGAAAUUGAAGAAUUGGAGACAGGAUUUGAAGAUGGUGUUAAAUUAGUUAAUUUGUUCGAAGUUGUGUCGAAGAAAAGUUUAGGGCGAUACGCUAAGAAUCCUAAAUUUCCAAAUCAAAAAAUGGAAAACGUGUCACUAGUGUUGAAGGCGAUGGAACAGGACGGUGUCAAACUUGUCAGCAUUGACAGCGACCAUGUUGUAAACGGAAACUUCAAAAUGAUAUUGGGUCUGAUGUGGCAGUUGAUAUUGAGGUAUCAAAUUGGAGGUACUGAAGAUAAAAGCGUAAAGAUCGCACUGAAAAAACUUCUACUUAUUUGGCUGCAGCACGUGAUUCCCGAGCAAAGAAUAACCAAUCUCACAAAAGAUUGGAACAGUGGCAUCGCGUUGUGCAAUUUGGUGAAUGUUAUGCGUUCUGGUUUGUGUCCUGAAUACAAUCAUCUGAACAGAGAUACACCAGUUGAAAAUCUAAUGAAAGGAAUGCGAAUUGCUCAAGAAGAAUUAGGUAUCCCAGAAAUUAUAAGCGCUGAGCAUAUGGCGAGUGAAAAUGUGGACGAGUUGAGUAUGAUGACUUACUUGUCAUAUUUCACUCAAGAUGGUGGCGUAGGUGAAAAUUGGACACUUGAUUUGGUGAAUGGAUGGAAUCCUGAUAAUCCUGUAACCAAUUUUAACUCAGAUUGGAAUGAUGGAACUGCUCUGGGGUCACUAGUUAAUUCAUGCGCACCUGGAACUGUACCCGAAUUAUCUGGUGAUGAUUCCGAAAACUGUCGUUUGGCUAUGGAUGUUGCGGAAGGACGAUUAGGCGUCCCAAAAAUAAUCACGGCUGAUGAAAUGUCGAAUCCAAAUAUUCCUGAGUUGGCUAUUAUGGCAUAUACUGUCCAAUUUACUAAGGUGGCGCGAGUAUCCAGGCCAUGUGAUAAAUUUUCAGCGUCUGGUCCUGGAAUUGUAGAACCUCAAGUAGGGGCAGUUAAUGAAUUUUACGUUCAUAGUGAAGAAGGCUAUCCUUUAGACGAUUUAAGAGUGGAUGUGACGGGUCCAAAUGGUCAUUCAAUUCCAGUCAUGCAUGAAGACACCAGCGAGGAACUAAGAACAUAUAAAUAUAAUGCUGAAGACCCAGGGAAUUACAAGAUUUUGGUAACUUAUGGUGGAGAGCAAAUUCCAAGAAGUCCCUUCACCAGUCAUGCGAAACAAGAUCUUAACACUAUUCGUGUUCACGGAGACGGUCUUGCAGGUGGUAACUUAAACGAGACAGUCGAAUUUACGAUUGAUGUCGGCUCAAGGACAUCUAAAGUGAACGCUGAUGUCGAUGGUCCGUCCGACACAAGACCUUAUGCCGAAGUUUCAAACAAUCAAGACGGUACAUACAGGGUGCGUUAUACGCCGGUUGCUGUGGGAACGCAUCACAUAUUUAUCACUAUCAAUGACCAGCAACUUCCAGGAGGACCAAUUGAAACACAAAUAGCUGAUCCUGCUUCUGUUGCGGUUUCGUCUGUACAGUACGAAGAAGAUAAGCAACUAUAUGCUGAAUUGUACGAAAGAAUUGGUAUUGCUGUCGACACUCGUCAGUCAGGCGAUGGUAGUUUAAGUGCACAGACUGUUGGACCAAGAGACACAGAAGUCUCGACAGAAGUCGAAAGAGAAGUGGAAGGAAACUUCACAGUUUCAUUCACACCUUCUGAAAUUGGUGAAUACCAUACUAAUGUGUAUUGGAAUGAAAAACCAAUUCAAGGAAGUCCAUUUAUUGUCUGGGUUAGCGACCCAAACAAGUGUGUUAGUCAAGGUGAUGGCUUGUACCAAGCACGUAUAUCUGAAGUGGCAGAAUUUCAGGUAUCAACUGAAGGUGCUGGUCCAGGAACCAUAGCAAGCUUUGCCGAACAUAAUGGUCAACAAAUACCGGUGGACGUAACAUUGACUGGCAGUGAGAAUACGUACCAGUGUAAUUUUCGACCAAGCGAGGUGGGUGAAUAUCUUGUUCAUAUCACUUACAACAACGUACCUGUUCGUGACAGCCCAUAUCGAGUCAUGGUGGGUAAUCCAAAGGAAGCUGUUGUUAUUGUGAAUACAGAAACGAUUGUAGAAACGACACAAAAAUUUUCGUUAGCGGUUAACUUAAGUGAAGAGGCAGGAUUGGGCGAUUUAAUAUGUAAGGUGGUUGGACCCGAUGAGGAUGAACUACCAAGCGAAAUAAGACAAAUUAGUAAUCGGGGCAAAGAAAUAAACUUUACACCAGAAGAGCCAGGUCGUCAUGAAAUAAAUGUAUACUACGCUGGAGCUUUACUGAGUGGUUGCCCGUACAUUGUUGAUGUUGCACCAUCUGAACCAACUUUUGCAGUUGAUGCUUCUAGCGUUAUUGUUACUGGAGAGGGAGCAAGCAGAGGUGUUGUCAACGAUCUAGCAAGAGUCCAUGUGGACGCUCGAGAUGCUGGUCCGGGACAUUUAAGCGCCACUGUAGAAGGCUUAAAACAUGAUGUGGUGGUGGGAAUACGCGAUAAUCACGACGGGACCUACACUUUGACGUAUACUCCUCCAACAGCAGGAGCCUACGUUUUAGCUAUUAAAUGGGACGAACAGCACGUGGAAGGAAGUCCUUUCAAAGUCACUGUUGAGAAUAGAGCAGUUCCAGAAUCCGUGCUUGUGGAAGGGGAAGGAAUAAAAGAAGGAACAGCUGGCCAACCAGUUCUUUUUAAGCUUGAUGGAAGAAAAGCUGGACCGGGUCAACUGAGCUGUCGAUGCCGUGCUCCUUCCGGAACUAUGACAUAUGUCCUGAUCUCUGAUAACAAAGAUGGUACAUACACAGUAGAUCUAAAUGCUACAGAGCCUGGUUUACAUACAGUUGAAGUAGAAUGGGAUGGCACCCCAAUUCCAGGGUCACCAUUCCUAGUUCGAAUUAUGCAGGCACCGGACGUAAAAAAAGUAAGAGCUCAUGGACAAGGUUUAGAAUCAGGCAUACUAGGUACAUUUCAGGGUCUUUUUCAAGUAGAUUCAAAAGGAGCAGGUCCUGGUACACUUAAAGUGCGGAUACAUGGCCCUAAGGGCGCAUUUAAGGUGGAAAUGUUUCGAGAUCAUCCCAAAGACCGUAUAAUCAAUGUUAGAUACAAUCCAACAGAAUCUGGGAUAUACACUGCAAAUAUUUUCUGGUCAGAUGAGCAUGUUCCGGGAAGUCCGUUUGAAAUUUUUGUAGCGGAUAAUGACCAGCACCUGCAGAAAUGGAGACAGAACAGAGAACAAAUACAAAGACAGGAGGGUUUAUUUAAUGGACAUUAAUUACAGAACAUAAAACAAAAUAUUUAAACUAAUUCAAUCUUCUUUAGCAGAGCUCCAGCAAGACAGAUAACAGCAAACCUUUGGUUCUUCUAUUUUUAGUAACUCUCCUUCCCCUUCCUGUCAAUUUUAAGACAUGCACUGGGUUUUUUGUAAGGAAUUCUGUUUUUGGGGUUUUUUUUACGUCAUUGUUUAUUUCUAAUUUUUUCGCAAUCAACAAUAAAUUGAAUUAUUGCACUGUUCAUCUUUUGUAUAUAUAUGGACUUGAAAUAUAAUGUUGCCAAA